AGAAGAAGAAGAAAACCAAAAUCCAAAUCUCAAAUCACACACAGAAGAAGAAAGAAGCAACAAUGGCCGCUGAAGGAGAAGUUAUCGCUUGCCACAACGUCGAAGAGUGGAACGAGAAGCUUAAGACCGCUUCCGAUUCCAAGAAACUGAUUGUGAUUGACUUCACUGCUACAUGGUGCCCACCUUGCCGUUUCAUUGCACCAAUCUUUGCUGAGUUGGCUAAGAAGCACCUUGAUGUAGUGUUCUUCAAGGUCGAUGUUGACGAAUUGAACAGUGUUGCCAAGGAUUUCGACGUUCAAGCAAUGCCGACGUUCAUCUUCAUGAAAGAAGGAGUGGUUGUCGAUACAGUUGUUGGAGCUGCGAAAGAAGAAAUCGUCAGCAAGCUCGAAAAGCACACGGCCACCGUUGUUGCUGCAGCUUGAUUUCGCCUUUUUCUUCCCUCUCUCUCUCUCUCUACCUAUUCUGCUAAUAUGUUUGAUGUUUAAUAAGUUCACCAAAUGGGUCUUUGACCUUUAAUUGUGCUCUUUGUGUGGUGAAUAAAUGUUGCAAAAACUUGAUUACUCGCAGCUAGCUAUGCUAAUUGUUCGUUCAUGUUUAACUCUUGAGUUUGUCUUGUUAUGUUAGAGUUGUGUUCUCUCUUUACAUCGUU